AUGGCCAUUCUGAUUAAGUCAUCAGAUAAGCAGCGAGCCCUAGAAGAAACCAAAGCUUACACCACCCAAUCCUUAGCAAGUGUUGCAUAUCUGAUAAACACCUUGGCCAACAAUGUCCUACAAAUGCUGGAUAUCCAGGCAUCCCAGUUACGGAGGAUGGAAUCUUCAAUCAACCAUAUUUCACAAACAGUUGAUAUUCAUAAAGAGAAAGUUGCAAGAAGAGAAAUUGGUAUUUUGACUACUAAUAAAAACACUUCAAGAACCCACAAGAUUAUUGCACCAGCCAACCUUGAGCGACCAGUUCGUUAUAUUCGAAAACCUAUUGACUACACAAUUUUAGAUGACAUUGGACAUGGAGUAAAGGUGAGUACCCAGAAUAUGAAGAUUGGUGGCCUCCCACGUACAACACCUCCAACCCAGAAGCCCCCAAGUCCCCCUAUGUCAGGAAAGGGGACACUUGGGCGGCACUCCCCCUAUCGCACACUGGAGCCAGUGCGUCCUCCAGUGGUACCAAAUGAUUACGUACCUAGCCCAACCCGUAAUAUGGCUCCCUCGCAGCAGAGCCCUGUGAGGACAGCUUCUGUGAAUCAAAGAAAUCGAACUUACAGCAGCAGUGGGAGUAGUGGAGGAAGCCACCCAAGUAGUCGGAGCAGCAGUCGGGAGAACAGUGGAAGUGGGAGUGUGGGCGUUCCUAUCGCUGUUCCUACUCCAUCUCCUCCCAGCGUCUUCCCAGCCCCCGCUGGCUCUGCUGGCACUCCUCCCCUUCCUGCUACUUCUGCAUCUGUCCCUACUCCUCUUGUUCCUGCUACUGUCCCUUCCUCCACUGCCCCAGAUGCUGCUGCUGGGGGUGCACAGACCCUUGCUGAUGGCUUCACUUCUCCAACUCCCCCUGUUAUUUCUUCCAAUCCCCCUACAGGUCAUCCCGUUCAGUUCUACAGCAUGAAUAGGCCUGCCUCUCGCCAUACACCACCAACAAUAGGGGGCUCAUUGCCCUAUAGACGGCCUCCUUCCAUAACUUCACAGACAAGCCUUCAGAGUCAGAUGAAUGGAGGCCCCUUUUAUAACCAGAAUCCAGGAUGUGAUGUCCGGGCAGCGGGCUCCCUUGCUGCUGUCCUGCGCCAUGUGCUGUGUUCACAGCUGCAGCUGCCAUCUUGCUCCCACUCUGCUCACUGUCUCCCAGCAGCAUGUGGGAGCACAUGUGUCACCAAUAACCCCAGUCUUCAGAGGAAGGGGUUUACUGCCAAGAAGUGUGAUUUUAUGGAAAAACCUAAAGCCUAA